AUGACAGAGACGCCGACGUGGAUCCGACGGGCCGCUUCGGGGCUUCGCGAGCCCGAGGCACAGCGCCGCAUGCCGCUUGGCGACCUGCCCCCCACCCCGAACACCAUGUUCGAAAUGAUGCGGAGCAUGCAGGCAAAAAUUGGGUUGCUGGAGCAGCGUAACCAGGUCUUGGCGGCGUGCGCGGGUGUGGCGAGCGACGGCCCGGCGGUCAGCAACGCGACCAAGAUUCAGAAGUCGUGGAGGCGGUUUUGCGCCGUGCGUGUGCUGCGCCAUGCUUGUACGAGUGCAGCUCUCAUCCAGAGCGUAUUCCGCGGGCUGCACCAGCGCAAGGUUUUCCGCGCGCACAAGGAGGCGGCUGCGACGAGCCGGCGCCGGAGCUGCUGGCGCUCGCUGGCUGCUGCCCGCCUCGCGAUCACGCGUCUGCAGGCGCGCGAGCGAGCUCGCUCGACCAGCCGCGACUUUCAGCGCCAGCGCCAGUCGGCAGCAGUGAUCCAGUCACGGCUGCGGUGCUAUGCGACGGAGGUGCUUCACAACGAGCACGUAAGCAAAACCUCGCUCAUCCUCACGUCGGUCAAACAGCGCGAGGAGAUUUGCCACCUCCGACGCUUGCUCUCAGUGGCGACGCAAGCGAAUGCUAAGUACUCGAACGAGGUAAAGGACGACAGCGACGAGGACUACGACUACGACUUUGACCAAAAGCUCGAGGAGGCGAGGGCGGAGGAGGUGCUCGAGUAUGAGAGCGACGAGGAGUGCUUUGGAGCUCAGCUUCGCGCACUCGUCGAGGACGGAUUCGAGUUGGACCAGAGCGGCUUCACCAUCGAGCAGAUGAAGGACGCGAUGCAUGCGAUCGGCAUUUCAACCGCUGGCAUCAUCGGUCCAGGCGGCACGCCAGACAGGCAGGAGCUGAUCACGCUGGUAAAGCGCACGAUUGCGGCACGGUCGACGGAGGAGGUCGGCGACGCCGUGAUGGGUGACUUUGAGGCUGACGAGGCAUGA